AUGGGCCAACUCGGAUCUGUACCAAACUUUCUCGUCUGGAGAGGCCACCGCACGGUCUCGUACCAAACCAUGCCAUAUCUCCUACCUACCUAUCCACUACUACCAAAGUCCGGUUCCCGACCGGGUUACUACCUCACCUCUUGGUUCAUGGAUGGCGUUUUGCGGGGACCAGUAAGGUACGGUACUCCGGUACUCGCCGUACAUACUGUACCAUACGGUGUACCUAGGUACGAUACCAUUAAGUUGAUACUACGAGGUAACUAUCCUACCAGCGAGGGAGACCACCGUGUCCACAUGCAGACGUCCUCGGAAGUCCAUCACCAUCCAAGCUGGGCCCCAAUCAGCACCCUCUCAGACUGA